AUUAAUAAACACUUCCUCACGCGCUGUUUACAACCAGACAGCAGGCAGAAGGUCCGAGGUCAUGCGCGUGAGACUUUAAUAAUCCUGAUUUUUAUUCACUUCUCUGCUUUUUAUGCGCAUUAAAGUAAUCCGGAGUUAUUUUAGCGACUGUACAGGAGUGAGAGGAGAAGAUGCAGAGUUUAUCGGUCCAGGCUCUGACCCUGCGCCAGCUCGGGAAACUCACGUCUCUGCAGGUUCCGUCUGCGUGGCACGGCGUGAGUUUCUGUCUGCGCUGUCCGCGAGCGCUGCACGCACGCCAGCUGUGGGGCUCCGGCGCUCCUCUCCUCCAGCGCUCGGCCUCGCUGCUAAAGCCUGGAGACGCCGCGCGCAGCCCGUCCUAUCAGCAGACACGCUGGAAGGGCUAUAAGAGGAAAAAGGGGCGGGCGGGAAGUGCUCAGGAGGAAGAGGACGAUGAGGAAGAGGACGAGGAUCCGGAGGCCAGUGAUUACGAGGACGAGCCGCAGGAGGAUCCCAGUUUACCCAAAGACUAUAAAGAUCACGAGAGAGCCGUGCAGUCCUUACGCUUCGACCUCGUGAUGAAGACGGGACUCGACAUCGCCAGGCAUAAAAUCGAGGACGCUUUCUAUGACCACAAGCUGAGACUGAACGGACAGAAGCUCAUAAAGAAGAGCAAAACUGUGAAAGUCGGAGACACUCUGGACCUAAUCAUCGAAGAAGAUAAAGAGAAGGACGUGGUGACGCUGAAGAGAGUCGUCCUGAAGAAGAUCGUCGGAGAAACAAACGACGGAGAGAAACUGAAAGUCCUGCUGAGAAGCUGGAAACAUCUCCAGCUUCCCAAACAAGACGCCUUCAGAGAAUAAACAACGUUAGCAUGAAUAACGUCAGAAUGAACGUUAUAACGCAGAGGAAGUUUCUGAAAAGACAUAACAGCUGACAACUGACAGAAUUUAAUCGACAUUUUCACAACAUUGUAGGGAUUUCACUCUUGAGAUUUAGUGGAGGAACUGUACAGGAUUAUUUAUGGGUCAAACAGUGUAAGAUUAUCUUGUGUAGUUUAAAGUAUUUUGUGUAUAACAUAUAUUACAUUUUCACUUCACGAUAAAUACCUGAUCUUUUUUUUGUCACGUGAAACAUCGUAUUCAUAUCCGAUAGUGUGGAGUGCUGAUCAUCAUUAAACAUAAAACUUAAAUCUUUUUAAUUGA